UCUUGGUAAUCAACCAUGGCAUCGUUGAAGGUUGCUGUACGAGUUCGUCCCUUCAAUCAAAGGGAACAUGAACUCGGCGCAAAGCUCAUCGUGCAGAUGGAUGGCAAGAAGACGCGCCUGCUGAAACCGAAACUUGGCACCGGCAAUGGUAUACGGGGCGAUCUCGCUUCCCGAGCCGCCCAGGACCCAUUCAACGACUUCACAUUCGAUCACUCCUACUGGUCGGUGGACGAACGCGAUCCCCACUUCACACCACAGGAAACCGUUUUCGACGAUCUCGGUACGGAGAUUGUGGACUGCGCCUUCCAGGGGUACAAUGCUUGCGUGUUCGCGUACGGGCAGACCGGUAGUGGCAAAACAUUCACGAUGAUGGGCACACCGGAAGCACAAGGACUCAUCCCGCGAAUAUGUCGUUCACUGUUUGCCCGCAUGAAGCUUGGGCAGGAAGAAGGUACAGGCUACAAAACGCAGUGUUCCUAUCUGGAAAUUUACAACGAACGGGUAAAGGAUCUGCUUGGACCUAGCAGUGCUGGGCAUGGUUUGCGUGUGCGCGAACACCGUACACUUGGACCGUACGUGGAAAGCCUGUCCCAGCAUCCGGUGUCGGAUUACUCGGAGAUACAGAACUGUAUGAUUCAGGGCAACAUCCAGCGAACGACAGCUAGUACGAACAUGAACGAUACGAGCAGCCGAAGCCAUGCGAUCUUCACCAUAACCUUCGUCCAGGCACGCUACCUCAACGAUCUGCCCAGCGAAACCGUGUCCAAGAUUCAUCUGGUAGAUUUGGCGGGUAGCGAGCGAGCCAAUGCAACCGGUGCGACCGGACAACGGUUGAAGGAGGGUGCGCACAUUAACAAAUCGCUGGUGACGCUAGGGAGUGUUAUCUCCGCCCUGGCCGAACAAACCAAUCCGACCAACAACAAGCGUGUGCUGUACAUCCCGUACCGGGACUCUAUCCUGACGUGGUUGUUGAAGGACAGUUUAGGUGGAAACAGUAAAACGAUCAUGAUAGCGGCUAUCUCACCGGCCGAUGUGAACUACAGUGAAACGCUUAGUACACUACGGUACGCGAACCGGGCGAAGAACAUCAUCAACAAGCCGACGAUCAACGAGGAUCCGAAUGUGAAGUUGAUACGCGAGCUGCGCGACGAAAUCUACAAACUGAAACUGAUGUUAUCGAGCGAUAGUGGCGCUGCGCUCGAGCCUCAGCUCAAGGUGCUGGAAGAUCUGCACAAAAAGGAAGCACAGGAAAAGGUGUUGACCGAAGAGUGGGCGGAGAAGUGGCGCGAGGCACAAACAAUUUUGCGCGAACAGCGAUCGCUGGGUUUGCGCAAAUCGGGCGUUGGUGUUGUGCUCGACUCGGAGAUGCCACAUCUGAUCGGUAUUCACGAUGAUAUCAGUACGGGCGUAACGUUGUACAGUUUGAAGGAAGGUGAAACGACGAUCGGUACGGAUGAGGCCCCCUAUCCGCAGGACAUUUCGCUCAACGGUAUCGGUAUUGCGCCGGAACAUUGUCGCAUCGUAAUUUCGAACGGCAAUGCAACGAUUUAUCCUAAUCCGAACGCUACCUGUCUGUUAAAUGCGAGCAUGAUCGAAGUACCGACAGCUAUCAGUCAAGGCGAUAUACUGCUGCUUGGCCGGACGAACAUGUUCCGCUACAACAAUCCGGCGGAGGCGGCUAAAAUGCGUCAAGAAAACAGUCACCAGCAGCGAUCGUCUCGGCUCGAUUUGUCACGCCUCUCGUUAAUUGCUGCCUCGCGCGAAAACCUGUGUACCAGCUUUCUGAGCGACGAUGAUGGUGUUGGUGGUGGGUCGUCGUUGAGCUUGUUCGGUGGUGGUGCUGCUGGCGGAUUAGCUUCACCGCAAAGCGCACUUCGCUUUCGGCAGUACACACCGAGCAGGGAGGAUGCCGAGCUGCAGGACGAGCAUCGCAAAAUACUGCAAACGAUCGAAAAUGCGCUGCGCCAGCUAAAUCUGGAGCGUACGCGUAUGCACGAACAGUUUAAGCAUAAGAUACGGCUCUGCACCGAAGAGCUGGAGCGGUUGGAAAGUACCAAGCGGGACCGGUUGACGAUUUUAGACUGCCGAAUUGGGGAGCUAAUGGCACGCAAGGAGAUGGUGCUGUGGGAGAAAAGCAAUGAAAAGACGCAAGUGGACAUAUUGGUGCGGCAGCUGUCCGCCCUGCAAACGCAGCUGGACACGAAGAAGCGCGAUUUCUAUGAGUACGUCGCGAAAGAGCUCCAAGAGUUGCAGGACUGUGGCCGUCUGGACGAGGCAAGCAGUGAGCUGAUACGAAAUGCUCCCCAGACGGAAGAUUAUUCGGAAAUACUGCUUCAAAUCUCUCGCUCACUGGACAACUAUUCGCAACAGUACAUUAGGGAGUUUGUUCGCCGAAAUCGGGAUGAGAUCAGCAAAUACGAGAUGGAGCUAUCGGAGAAAGAGCAACAGCUGUCCGAAAGCACACAGAAGAUUGCCGAUCUGGACCAAAAGAUACAGGAGCUGGAGCAGCAAAACAGGGAUUUGCUGCAACAGCGAACCCAGCAGGAGCUGGAACAAAUUCAACAGAAAAAGCUUUCGAUGACAUUAAAUCUUACGCACACAAACGGAGAAGCCGAUGGUGAAGGAACGGAUGCACGAACUCUGUUGAGUGUCAAUCGCGGAACAUUGGAAACGUGUGACACAUUCCACACGGCCAACUCGGACUGCUCCUUUGUGUCCGCACUCAACACACCCGCAUUAAAUUCGUUAAAUCAACUCAUACCGACGCCCAGCUCAACGGAGGACGGUACCGAAUCCGAUACGGGUGAUCGAGACUACGAGGAGGCCACAUCGAACGGUGGCACCAUGCUUCAAGGCGGUAUGAGCGAUAGUGGUGUUAGCUUCGAAACCAAUAAAGCCACCGAUCCGGGUGCCCCAUUACACACGGGAGCGGAUGAAAACGAAAGUGAAACGGGUAGCAUUGACAGGCAGAACGAACCCGCUGUAAACGGUACGGCUAAGCUGCUCUUUCAGUCGGACGAUCACUGUCUACUACUUGCUACCUCAUCCACGCCCAACCCAAAGUACGGUGGUAAAAACAUGCCCACCACAACGACGACCGUGAUCGUGACGGAUGGAAAUGCGGUAUUGAAAGCGAACCAACAGUCACCUCGAUUGCGUCACAAAUCGUCCGAUUCGGACGAGGAACGCACCACGUUAACGACGAUGUCAUCGACGGGAGGCACGCCCGGAUCGAAUCGGUUGAGGCUAGCCCUGCCGAAUCGGAACCGUAACAGCAACAGCAAUAGCAAAAGUAGUAGCAUGCGUACGGAAAUUUUUGACAUCCGCCAUGGCAUCCAUCCGCUGAGGGUAAGCAGUGUGAGCAGUGGGACGGACGGAAGCCACGAGGAAGAGGAUGAUGAAGAGGAAGAGAAUGGUCGGCGCCGUCGGCAUGAGGACGAUGAGGAAGAGCAACGGUCGCGUGGUUCCUCGAUCGAUAAUAGCUCGAUCACCUCGUCAACGGCAAAUUUGAUACUGUGCGAAAUGAAUCUUCUACGUGAAAGUAUCGCUAGCAAAAAGGCGGAAAUUAUGAAAAUUCUCGAAACGAAUGGUGAUAAGAAGAUGCUGGACGGGAAGAUUGGAGAGUUGCAGGAUCUGCAGAAACGUAUCGUACAGCUGGAGAUAAAGAUACAGGAUGUGGAGAAGAGUUGCCUGUCGGAUGGGGAGUUGCAGCUUGAUUCGAUGCGAGAUAUACCUGAAAGCUUUACCGAUAGUGACGAUAGCCGGGUGGGCAAUUCGUGCAUCUAUCCGGGGUACAUGCGAGCGCGUGACCAAGGCAGCAUUUAUGCACCGAGCGUUACGCGAUCCUUACCGUCCAUGGAGGGAACUUACCGUUCCGAUCACGUUAUAAACAUACCAACGUACAUCAUACGAGGUGCGGGCAAACAAACCCAUUACGAGUACGAGGUGAAAAUUAAUCUACCCGACGAAAGGUGGACAUUACUGCGACGGUACAGCCGUUUUCGUGAGCUCCAUCUGGCGAUGAAGAAACUGUACGGUGAUAAGAUCGCAACGAUACCAUUUCCGAGGCGUGAACUGUUUGCAUCGAACACGGAAUCGGUCGCAAAAACGCGCCGUCGACAGCUAGAAACGUACCUGCGCCGCCUACUGGUCGUGUGUGCCAAAAUUCCUCACUGUCCCAUUUACGAGGGUGAAGGACGGCCCGGGCUAACCAAGCAGACGUUGAUCGAGUUCCACUCGUUCUUCAAAAAAGGCCUUUUCGAAACGGGCAAACAUGGCACGGGAUAA